AAUCGGACAGUAGUAAAAAAAAAAAAAAAAAUAGGUAGCCAUGAAUUUCAGCUAGCUUGCCACCGAUAACUGGUUGGUACACUCGAGUAAGUCCAUUCAUGUCAAGACACAAGAGGGAUUUACGUAGUCCUGCGCUGCUUCUGAGUACAUAUAGGCGCUCCCCAUCCCGUCUACCCGCCUGCUGUGAAUCGGGUCUGAGUGGUUCACUGAAGAGACUGCGAGACCUUGGUGCAGUGCUCUGGAGGUUAACUACAGCACAAAAGGGUUUCUAAAUCCAGCUGGAAAUGUAAAAACGAACGGGGCGGGACAAAGACAGAGGGGGCAGUCUGUGGAACAGCGUCACCGCCUCAGCUUCUAUCUUAUUGGAUUCGUGCCAGAAGAUGAACGGCCUGUCCAUACGAGAGCUAUGCUGCUUGUUUUGCUGCCCCCCCUGUCCCAGCCGCAUUGCAGCCAAACUGGCUUUUCUCCCUCCGGAGCCCACCUAUGCUUUGCUCCCUGACCCAGAUCCCGGAUCUGGAGCAACAACUGUGUCUGCCGCCAAUUCUGGGGCUGCUCCCCCCUCACUUGGAGCGCCAGGACUGCGUUCACGACUGGGUAAUGCCAGUGGAUCAGACAGAGGUGGCGGUGGUGGUGGCGGAGGAGGCGGCGGUGGUGGUGGUAGUGUUGGAGGAGCAGGAGGUGGUGGCGGCAGUGGUGGGGCUGCCAGCGCCAGCAGUAGUAUCAGUGGGCCUGAAGGCAGGUGGAAGUUGCACCUGACAGAAAGAGCCGAGUUCCAGUAUUCACAGAGAGAACUGGAUGUGACUGACGUGUUCCUGACCAGAUCUAGCCGAGGGAACAGGGUUGGAUGCAUGUACAUUCGCUGUGCUCCCAAUGCCAGGUUCACAGUGUUGUUCUCACAUGGCAAUGCCGUUGACCUGGGUCAGAUGAGCAGCUUCUACAUCGGUUUAGGCACACGCAUCAACUGCAACAUCUUCUCCUACGAUUACUCAGGCUACGGUGUUAGCACUGGCAAGCCAUCUGAGAAGAACCUUUACGCAGACAUCGAUGCUGCAUGGCACGCCCUGCGCUCUAGGUAUGGCAUCAGCCCUGAAAAUAUCAUCCUGUAUGGACAGAGCAUUGGCACAGUGCCCACAGUAGACUUAGCAUCAAGGUUCGAAUGCGCUGCAGUGGUCCUUCAUUCUCCUCUCACCUCUGGCAUGAGGGUGGCCUUCCCUGACACAAAGAAAACUUACUGCUUCGAUGCCUUCCCCAACAUCGAGAAGGUUUCCAAGAUCCCGUCUCCAGUGCUCAUCAUUCACGGUACAGAAGACGAGGUGAUCGACUUCUCUCACGGCCUCGCCCUAUUCGAGCGCUGUCCCAAGGCCGUGGAGCCCCUGUGGGUGGAGGGGGCCGGCCACAACGACAUCGAGCUUUAUAGUCAGUACUUGGAGAGGCUACGACGCUUCAUCAACCAGGACCUGGCUGCACAGCACGCCUGAGAAACAAGCAGCCUCUACGUGUUUGUAUCUAUAACACUGUGUAUGUGCAUCUGUUUGCUAGUGUGUGUGUGAGCGAGAGAGAGAGUGUGUGAGCAUGUUUGCAAUGAAUGAGCGUGUGUGUGUGAUUUUGGUCACAUCUGUGUGUCUUUAAAGCAGCACACCUACAGGUUAAACACAAACUAUGUUGUGUUUCCUGUUUUUAAAGCUGACAUUUUUUUAAACGUCAUUAGCUUUAUACAUUUGUACAGUGAUGGUGAAACACUACAGAAUAGACAAAAUCAUUUCAGAGUCGCAGAUUCGAAGGACAACCUGGAAUUGCAGCUUUAAAACGUGUUGACUUCAUUCAAUUGACAAGUGGGAGAUUUUGUCCAAAAAGGCACACAGAUGUAAUUCUGAAGUGAUGUGUUGCUGAAUAUGCUGUGAUGUGUGUGUUCAAACCACUGUGGAUCUGUGUGCACACAUUAGUAUGCAUGAGUGAAUGUGUGCAGAAAUGAAGGACAUCCUGGUAACUUGGAAAUCUACAGUAGUGGAGGGGUAAUGAGGACAUCAAUAUUGAUGUUUCUUUUUGUUUUAUUUGUAAAUCAUGUAAUUUUUGUGUAAUGAAGAAUACCUCCAUAGUUUGACUAGUUCUCUUUUCCAGUUGGCAAACACUGAUCAAGAGUGUAUCCCUCCUUCACUAUUUGUUUACCUUUUUAAUGGACAUCAGUCUGACUGCCAGGGCAUUCCCAAGUUUUUCUCCAGCUAACACUAAUCAUCUUAAAUGUGUGGUUUGGGGGUCUGUCUCCAGUCUUCUUCUUCCAGUCCUUUUGGAUUGGAGUAGUCAGAAAUCCUUUCACAGCUUGCAUGGCUGCACAAUGUCUCAUACUUUCCCUUAUUAUUAAUUCCCAAAAGGCCAGCUUUCACGUCUUUUCCAGUCCUAAACUUUCCAUUCAGUUACAGAAACAGGUUUCAGGGAAUACAUUAAAAUUCCUGUUCAAAGAAUCUAAAUUUUCUUGGUUUUUAGGUACAAGUUCGCUUUGUCGUUUCUCCGUUUUACCCAGAGUGGGUGUGCUAAUGAGAUUUUUGAAGCUUGCAGACGUUCCGGGUAGUGGCUGAACCAGAAACAGUAAAGUACCAGUAAAGACCAUAAGACCACAGCAUGUCUGAUGCAGCAGAGUGGUUGGUGUGUGAAGGUCCGGGCUGAAGUUUACCUGCACUAAUCAUCUCCACAAAUGUUAUAAUUUUGAGCUUUUAGUGAUUUAUUUAAACUGUUCUUGUUUCAGGGUGAAAUGGAACAAGAUGCAACUUCAUGAUCUAAAAAACAAAAACAAGAAUUUGCACAACAGCUUUACAUUUAUUGUGGAUUUUUAUUUAUUCCACACAGGCCUCUUAAGUUAUACACGUGGCCUCAAAUACUUAAAUGCACCCCAACUCAUAUUUGGAUCUAUAGUAAGUUGUAGGCCACAUGUUGUCAGGAGUCUGUAACAAGCUUGUGGCAGAAUCCUGGCUGAAUAUUUCAAACCUUUUUUUCAGAAAUAAUAAAUCCAUCUCCUGACAUGAACCCAGCUUUUAAAAAUGGUCCAAUAGAUUUCCAUACGGUUGAGGUCUGACCCAUCCCAGAAGCUGCUUUAUCGACAGUCUUGAUUUGUGUUUGAGAUCGUCGUCCCAGUUGAAAACCCAACUGUGUCCACGUUUCAAUCAUGUAUUUGUUGAUUUGAGGUUGAAAGUUGAAGAAUUUGGAAGUAGUCCACCAUCUUAAUUAUUCCAUCUCCAACAUUCAGUGCAUGACUACUACUGGCAGAGGAAAGAAAAAAAAAGCCUUCUCAGCAUGAUGCUGCCACCACCACCAUGGUUAACAGUUGGUAAAAGGUUUUUAUGAUCGAAAGCUUCCACCAUGACUCCUUCAAACUUACUUUUAACAGCUCAGCUGGCUCAAGUCUUUGUCUCCUGAUUAUAAAUAGUUUUUUUUUCUCCAUAAAACAGUUGCCAGCUGCAAAUUUCAGGUUUUGGAGCAGGCAUGUCUUUCUUGCUCAGCAGCCUGUCAGUCCAGGUUGAUAUUUAACUCGCUUCACUGUGGAUAGUAAAACCGGUGUUGCGGCAGCUUCCACCUGAUUGAGCCUUAAUCUCGAACAUCCCAACGAAUUUCCUUACAUAGUUACGUUUUUUCAAGUAGUCAGAAUUGUAGCUUGUUGACAGCUACAAAUAUUCUGCUGUCCCUGUAACUUGCUAACACAUUUGCAAGUAGAUAUUUAAACUUUGUGCACCAAAUGUAUUUGUAAAAGUGAAGUCGUGUUGAAUAAUACUUUCCCGCUGGGAAAAGAUCGGUUCAAAUGCAUUAUUAAAAGCUUAAAAUAAAUCUCAAAUUAAUGCCUAAUAGUUUUGUAAACGUUUGACCGACACUUCAGAUGCUUUCUUAAUCUUUGGAAAGAGCCAUGUUUUUCUUUUUUACUUCUUUCUGCUUUACUGGAAAUUGACCAACUAUCUAAAUGAUUGUGUGAGGGACGCCCGUCUGUUCGGCUUGCCCUCAGCGAGAACUGAAAUGACCACAUUUCCCUAAAUGUUGAAACAUUAGCCGUCAGUCUGAAGCGCCGCUAAAGUUGCGGCCUUUGGAGCUUCAAGCGUCUGUUCGAGUUGACUCCAAAGCUGCUCUCUGCUUCAAAUACUAACAUGAACUAUGUCCAUUUUUAGUCACAGAUACCAUGCGUAGUCUGACUUAUGCUGAUUAGCAAUAAUCAGUUUCCAGUAUUGAGUGAGCUUCCGCAGGACAUUUGCUAGGCCAAUUUUAGUCUUGGUGUAAUUAUUCCUAAGUUGUUCCAUGUUUUGGAUGUUUCAUAAUCAUGCUUCUUGAUGUUGAGACUAACGAUGUGAUCCAGAUCAGGUGCCAGGAUGGGAUGAAGCUUCCUGUUUUGUUUCCAUCUCUGGCCCUAAAUGUACAGAAGCUCUCUUGUGGCUGACAGAACGCUGCAAUGUCUGACACAAGCCAUACUUGAGCCUCGUCACUGUUGGUGUGGUGCAGGUUACACCACACGUACGCACACACACCUUUUGCACAUCAACAUACACACGCGCAAACACACACCCAUAAAAACACAACAUACACACUAUAUAUAUAUAUAAAUAUAUAUCUGAUCUAGCAUGAAAAAGCAGGUCUUAAGUUCAGCACUAUUGUACAAAGCAUCCAAAGUGUAACAAGGGUAUAAAAUGUACAUCUGUCUUUUCAUUAUCAUUGACCAUGUUGUAAAGGAAAGCAUGAAGGAUACAGCUUUUCCUGGGUGGAGAUGUACUAAUGGGUCCUGUGUGCAGACCUGCUGUAGUACAAGAUGUUUGCUGCACAGGAGAUCCAUCAGUUUCAGUGAUAGUGGCUACGUUGUAUCAAAGGGAACGUUUAUUAACCGGCGCUGACCUGGUUGCUCCUUUUUGGGAGUGCGAGUGGGUCUCUGGAAGCAGCAGAAAAUGUUUUUUGAACACCACUCACCUCCUGUCUGCUCGAGCAGGGAUGUUUUUUUUCUCUCCCCCCCUCGUUCUCAUCCUGUGCUUUGUGUAUGUGAUAUUUGAAUAAUGGAAAUCUGUUACAUUCUCAAACUCAGAAACUGAGUCAUCAGAAGAAUCUGAGAGAGUGAAGAGUCUCUCUCUCUGGAAGUAAGAGGUUGUCCUCAGUUUUCUAUCUGGAUGGGUUGGGGAAACCAGUGAGACCUCACUGGGUUUGGGAAUCUGGGUUGGAUGCGUACUGUUUAUCGAUGCACCCGUAUGGGUCAUAUAUUGUAUCCUCUGGCCUUGAAUGUUUAUUGAUCGGGGAGGGAGGGGGGAUUAAACAGUAAAACUGUAUGCAUGUCUGUGUUUUACAGAGCAAAUGAUGGGAUGGAGCAUAAUCUUAUGUGUUGUCAAUGUGAGGAUAAAGCUGAAUUCAUAGCGUUGGGACAUUAAACUCCAAAAAAAAAAAAAAAAAAAGAUAAGGGGAAAAAAAGGACAUUUAUCUGAAUUUUUUAAUGCUGAUACUAACUGAUGUAAUGUUGAUUUUUGUGCUAGAGAUUGACUGGGUCAGAUGUCGGGGAUGGGGGUGUAGAACCUAUUAGUAGACUGUUUAUAUGGUUACUGUACUUAACCAGUUUCUUUCUUUGUAUUAUAAUUUGUAAUUUUAUGUUGGUUUUUUUGAACUGAGAAUAUGAUGUAAUGAAAUGAAUUCAUGGGACUGAAUCUUGACCUUUUUAUGGACAACAAAAUAAAAUCGCUUAAGUACAAAAAA